UAUAAAAUCUUGACGCCGUCUCAGCUUACUCUGAACUUCACGACUUACCUACCUUCCAACCUUUAACCUAAGCAUUCGCCCUAUCACUCACUCGGCCUCGUGUCCGUUUCCAUCUUCCGUAGAUAGACUGACAUAAUCCACUCUUAUUACAACUUCGUCUACCUGCAGCUUUACGCCCCUUCUUUCCGCCUCCACCCAAUUACACACAUAGUACACCCGCGGCAUUGCUUGGUCGUGAGCCACAAGCCAGCAUCAUUCCUGUCUCGUGGCACGUCACACCAGAUUCAAUCUCUUUGUCUUGUGCGCCUCAUCCGUCACUACACAUUCGGCCGUCCAUUGCUCGGGAGUUGCGCCGUCGUAGAGGAAGUCGUUGGCCUAUAAGAACUGCGUGUUGUUCUCUUUCGAGUUUGUAGAGGUGGUGUGAUAUUCACCCCCCCCCUUUUUUCCCUUCGAUCGUGGUGGAAGAUAGAUUCUGCGCAGUAACAAAUCCAUUGGACUGCACCUACACACAAUCCUAUACACACCUCGUCACAAUGCCCGUUCUCAGCUCAGCACGGUACGGCAAGGAUAAUGUCCGCGUUUGCAAGGUUCAGCGAGAUGAAGCAACAGGGACACACAAGGUGACGGAGAUGACUGUGUGUUGCUUGCUAGAGGGCAAGAUCGACGCCUCGUACACGGAUGCGGACAACGGGCCCGUAGUAGCCACGGAUUCCAUGAAGAACACCAUCUACAUCAAGGCGAAGGAGAAUCCCGUAGACCCGCCGGAGCUAUACGCGGCCAUCCUAGGGCAGCAUUUCCUAGACAAAUAUGCGCACAUCGACGUGGCCAAUAUCAACGUCGAGGUAAAACGGUGGACACGCAUGAACAUUGACGGAAAGCCGCACCCGCACAGCUUCUACCGGGACGGCGACGAGACACGCAACGUCGAGGUACGGGUGUCUCGCGCCGACGGCAUCGACGUCCAGAGCUCCAUCGCGGGCCUGCUCGUGCUCAAGAGCACGGGCUCGCAGUUCCAUGGCUUCAUCCGGGAUGAGUACACCACGCUACCCGAGACUUGGGACCGCAUUCUAUCAACUGAAAUCGACGCCUCCUGGAAGUGGAAGACCAUCCCCUCGCUCAAGGCCCUACAAGACAACAUUGCCAUCUUCGACAAGGCCUUCGACGACGCCCGCGCCAUCACCAUGAAGACCUUUGCCGAGGAGGACAGCCCCUCCGUUCAAGCCACCAUGUACAAAAUGUGUGACAAGAUCCUCGAGGCUGCGCCCGAGGUCGCCUCCGUCAGCUAUGCGCUGCCCAACAAACACUAUUUCGAGAUCGAUCUCUCGUGGCACAAGGGUCUCGAGAACACAGGCAAGGACGCCGAGGUGUACGCGCCGCAAUCUGGCCCUAAUGGCCUGAUCAAGUGCGAGGUGUCUCGAUCCUAGAAGCACACACGUACUCUCUCAUUUCGACUCACGCUUCACUCUUCCCAUCUCCUUCCUCCCUCUGCUCUUCCCUAAAUUUGUUCGUCUCACAUCAACAUGUAGUGUAAUCAUGACUAAACGGCGCAUGAGUGGUGGCUACCGUGCUUUAUUACUUCCUUGCCUGUUUUCGCUUAAGGGUCUGGAUUUUGUAUUUUACUCGGGUAAUGAUUCAUGAGAGAGGUUCUCUGAUGAAUCACAUUACGGCGGACUAUGAACGUCUGCAGCUGUACCGUAGACUAUUAUAGCAUCGCCUCUUCUAGAAAACAUCAAUGGGGAACUUCAAUAAUGCAUCAUUCACUGU